AUGGCUAAUCAAAGGAGUAAUGAAGCGGCCAUAAAGAAUUUAGAAAAUCAAGUGGGUCAACUUGCAAAGCAAUUGUCCGAGCAACAACCGGGAGCAUCCUUUUCCGCCAACACCCAAACCAAUCCAAAGGAGCAUUGCAAAGCCAUUUUUACAAGAAGUGGGAAGGAGGUGAAUAGUGGCGUAAAUGAAGAGGUUAUAGUGGAAGAUGAGGAGGAAAUAAUAGUUGAAGAUGAAGAGGAGGAAGUGGCAGUUGAAAAUGAGGGAGAAAAGAGUGAGGAGAAGAUAGAGGAAGAAUUAGUUGAAAAAGAGCGGAAAGAAAAAGAAGAAAGAGAGAAAAAUGACAAAAAAGUGAAGAAGAAUAAAAAGAGAAAUGAGAAUGUGAGCACAAUUCCUCUCCAACAUCUACCUUACCCGCACGUGCAGUCAAGGAAGGAAGACGCAAGGCGCUACGCUCGAUUUAUGGAUAUAUUUAAACAACUUCACAUAAAUAUUCCAUCUUCCGAAGCAUUGGAGCAAAUGCCCAAGUAUGAUAAAUUUAUGAAGAAGAUGCUCACAAAGAAAAAGAAGUACACGGAUGAAGAGACAGUUGUGCUUGAUGCUCAUUGUAGUGCAAUUAUUAAAAAUACUCCCCCAAGAAAGGAAGUUGAUCCGGGACGAGUCAUUUUACCGAUCACCAUUGGAGGUAACUACAUUAGUAAUGGUUUGGUUGAUUUGGGGUCUAGCAUCAAUUUAAUACCUUUAUCCAUUGUCAAGAGAUUGGGGAACAUUGAGAUGAAACACACCAUGAUAACUUUGCAACUAGCCGAUAAGUCUAUCAUUUCACCAUAUGGAGUUGUACAAGACAUGCGGCCUCCUAAGGAUGAACAUGACAACUUCCGAAUCGAUGAUGAAAAAGGAGAAAUCAUUGAGGUGGAGAAUCAAUUUCACAAGGACAAGGACAAGGCAAAUCAUGAGGGAAAGACUCAUCACAAAAACUUUAAAGUUGGACAAAUGGUGCUUGUGUGCAAUUCAAGACUCAAGGUGUUUCCUAGCAAGUUAAAGUCAAAGUGGUCGGGGCCAUUUGUUGUGAAAGAGGUGCGAAAUUAUGGAGCCAUUGUGGUGGAGGACCCCAAAACACAAGAAAGCUGGAAUGUAAAGGAACAAAGACUCAAAGGCUACCACGAUGGAUAA